CAUGCUAUUUUAACCAUGAAGCUAGCUAUUUCGCAGAAUAAAAACAAAAGUCGUUUUACAGACAUGUAAUGCCAAACAUCUUAUUCAGAACGUUUGUUGAAGUUUGGACCUGAUGAAUAUUUUAUAUUUGUAAACAUAAUGCAGACAGUUAUUCCAUAAAGUGAUGUGCUUGUUUUGAAAACAUCUCCAUACUGAUCCUAAGUAAUAAUAUGCGAGAUCCAAUUCCUCUCCUUGAUAGAUCAUUAUAUGUUUGUUAUUGAUGGGAAGCCAAAUAUAACGUACCACCCACAGAGACGAUAUUCGUUAAUUGAUUCACAUAUAUGAAAAAUAUUGAAGAACUAAUAUUCAACAUCAACAACAUGUUUUCGUGUCGUUUCGCACUUUAAUCGUGAUACAAAUAGGUAAACAUUUGAAAUAAAUGGACGUCAUGUAUAUAUCAAAUAAUACCGAAACAUUUUUUAUAAUAAAGCAAAUCAUUACGAAUAGCUAAUGAGAUACAAGCCUUUUGAGAACUGACCGAUAUGUGUGAAUCUGAUACAGUUGUGUGGGAAUACACGUGGUUAUAAAGGCUUGCUCUUGAUAACGGCAAGUUAUAUUAUAAGAAGAUAUUGGAAAAGAGAAACGAAACUUGGGAAAGAGAUAUCUAAAAAGGACAAAAAGCAAAAGGACUUUGUGAUGGCAAAUGCUUCGAAUGCGAACUUUUCUUUCGAAAAUCAUGAGGACAUAACAACGUUUAUGGAAUUCAAAGCGGGAGAACUGAUAUGGAAAAUUGUUCCACCUAUUCUAAUAAUAUUAGGCACUGUUGGAAACUGUCUUUCUAUACUUGUUUUAACACGCAGAUGUAUCCGAUCUUCAACAACGGCUUUGUUUCUUACAGUUCUUGCAUUCUCGGAUUUAUUUGUGCUGUAUACCGGACUUUUACGACAGUGGUUGAUACAUCUGUUUGAAGUUGAUGUAAGAACAAUCAGCGAGUUCGGGUGUAAAUUAAAUAUCUGGAUGGUGUACAGUUCUCUGGAUUUUUCAGCUUGGAUUUUGAUUGUUGUGACACUGGAAAGAGUUAUAUCAGCAUGGUUACCGCACAAAGCAAAAACUUUGUGUACAAAAAAGUACGCAGUAGCUUUGUUGAUAGCUGUUAUAGUGUUUAUUCUUCUCCUAAAUAGUCACAUGCUUUAUGGAAUGGUGUUCAGAGAUACUACCGCAGAACUGGAUGACUUAAAAUGUAUUGAAAUCAACGCAGAUUAUCGCAGUUUUUUCAAUGUUAUAUGGCCGUGGAUCGAUUUAUGUGUUUUUUGUCUUAUUCCGUUCACAGUAAUUGUUUUAGGAAAUUCUUUGAUUUUAUUCAAGGUAUUAAAAAGCCAAAGGAAAGUAAAAACGCGUGUUGUGCCUUCAGCUCAGAAUGGAAACAGACAAACGACAAGCUCUGGACAUAACAAUAAACAGUCAUCGAUGACUGCCAUGCUUUUUACUUUAAACGUUGUAUUUCUGUUGAGUACCUCACCAGUCAGUAUCUACAAUAUCGGAUAUCCCUACUGGUCAGAAAAUUCUAGCAUGCAUAAACAUGCACAACUAGAUCUUUGGUGGGCAAUUGUCAAUAUGCUAAUGUAUGUGAACAAUUCCCUCAAUUUUUUUCUGUAUUGUCUCAGUGGAACAAAAUUUAGACAGGAAGUCAUCGUAAUAUUUUGUUCAUGGAGAAAAGGAAACGAAGCAACUAUCAUGAAUCUUGCGACUCACUCUAAUUAUUCACGCACGAGAUUUGACACUCCGUCUGCAACCCCAUCACCAAGACAAUCUGCCAUUUUUACUGUAAAUAAUUCGUCUAACUCAAAUGACCAGAUAAAAACAAAUGCCGAAAAGCCUAUAUUAUCAAACCAGACACGUGUAACUUCUACUAGACUAUCCAAUAAUAGUCUACAUCCGAAUGAUGCAUUGAAAAUAGCCAGCGAUAUGGUGCAUCAUACUGAAAAUGGUGUGAAAAAUGAAGACUCAUCUUCAUAGAUACCUUAUACAAGUGGAAUAAAGCAUUUAGAUAAAAGCAGUGAUAUAAUCCUUUGAAUUUCUUCCAAUUAGAAUAAAGGCUCAAUACAAAUAACAUCGGAUUGUUUAUGCGUCAAUACAAAUAACAGUGGUUUAAACGAUUCUUCAGUCGAUCAUACAACUGACAUGCAUAGGGCACUUGUUGCAGACGAACUAUUUGAAAUCUAUAGCAUUGACGACAUCGAUAUUUAUGUAAAAUUUUACAAUAUUAACGAACUACUGUCUAUGAUGAAAAUGUAAAUAUAUUUUACAACUUUAUUACAUCAUUACCUAUGUAAUACAGAUGUGAACAAAACGUAUUAGACUUCAUUUCAUAUCAACGAGAUUAUCCAAGAUUAACUUCUAUAAACCUUUGAAUGUUUAAUUAACAACAUGUAUAAAGAUUAGUGAAAGUCAACGCUUUGUAUGUCAACAUGGCUUUUGUUUGGAGCUUUAUUUUACAAUUUAGUAUUGCAGUAUUCAGAUAUUAAUUCAAUGAUCC